AUGAAAAAGAAAGUUUACAGUUUACACAGUAACGAUCUAAAUGAAAAUAAAGAAAUAGGCCUAACCAAUGCUACUUGCGAAUGCCCAAGAGGAAAUCACAGAUGUUCUCACACAGCUGCACUGUAUAUGCACUGUAGAGAUAACAUGAGCAGAACAGAUGUGCCCUGCUUAUGGUCAGCUAAGAAACCAUUAGAAGCACAAGGUUCUUUUGUAAACGAUGUAUUCCAAAAAAGUGAAAACUAUUGUCCCUGUACUCGUGUAAUGAAUAAUGAGGACAUUGAAUGGUUUAAAGAACAGAUAGCAGAACAUGGAAAUGAUACGCCUACAUUUUGGGCUUUAUCACCAGAGCACAAAGAAGAAGACUUGAAGCUACAUGUAAUUGACAAUAUUCUAAAAGAAAAUGAUUUUAAAAACACUACUGACAAAGUUUCAUAUUGUAAGAGCCAAACAAUUGUAAGUCUUGACCAAAUUAAAACAAUAUCCCAAUUGACAGUAGGUCAAAGUAAAAAUGAUCUCUGGCACAUUUUACGAAAGCAAAAAAAGUUAACUUCAUCCCUAGUUGAUAGAAUUAUAAAUGAAAAACGUUUAGCAGGUGUGCAGUCUAUAAUGUGGGGCAUUAAUAAUGAGAUGCAGGCAUCCAAUACUUUUGAAAUAAAAACUGGUCAAAGUGUAAAACAAUGUGGACUUUUUCUACAUGAAAAUGGAAUUCUAGGAGCAUCACCUGAUGGCCCGAUAGACAAUGAUUAUAUAGUUGAAAUUAAGUGUCCUUACUCUAAAAAUGGUUAA